AUGACAAGGCCGAUUGUAGAUGCCAAUAAGGACAAGUGUGGCCAGGGGACCACGCUCACCGACCCCACCCCGCGCAUCAUCAAGGUCGAUCCUGUAAGUUACGCACUUCAGACUGAAGCCGGCACAUCCGACAUGGUGCUUAAUACGCAAGAGCUCUUGGAAAGGUGCUCUUUCUUGGACAACAACCAAUUGUUUUGCGACGCUUUGAGUAUGGAUUCAAUGAUGGCGGGUCCGCGCUUUGGAAUCUACGGCAAGUUCGACGGACCUCUCCGAAAGAACGGAAUCUUCGGCCUUUGUGUCGUAGCCCGCGACGCCACAGCAGCCAUCGUUCGCUUCGAGUUUUCCCGGACCGACGACGAAUCGAUGGAGGCCGAUCCCGUCGACCCAAUAGAUCAGGGGGCUUGUAGACGUGGGAAUACCAUCGCUCGAUGCGGAGUGCAGCGACUAUGGACGUCGGCAAAGCGAUCGCAGCAGUCACGGCGUCCGAACAUUCACCAAAUCAGCACCAACAGCAUGGAGAAAGCUCGGCGACGUAUUGCAAUAUGCCAGAGUCCUGUCGGCACAAUGGAAAAGCUGUCACUCGAGGGACUGUCAUCAAUCAUCGCUACGAGUCCUCAACCGGAAGGAGGGUCUGAGCUACACAUAGACUUGUUCGGAGGCAGCGUGUGGUGUCAUGAUCCCACUUGGGUGGAGAAAACCACGACAACUGGCCAAGCGCUCGGGCUUCUGUGGGAUACCGUCAACGGUACUGUAUUGCUACCAGCUGAGAAACUGCUGAAGACACAGCUUCGCAUUCAACAACUACUUCAGACAGACCGUGCUUCCAAACCGGAUCUCAAUAAUUUCCUUGGAAGCUUACGUCACGUAGCUGCGUGCUUUUCUACUGUGAACGUCGGGCUUCCAUUCGACGAUUUUCCCAGUCGUGUGGGCGCUAUAAUGUGCCGCCAAGGCCUGACAGGCGCUACCAACGCCAAAUAUCAAGCAACUUAG